AUGCUCGCCUUCGUGAGCAUUUUCUUCGAGCCGUACGAUGUGCAAUCCAUCACCUACUACUUCGUCUUCCCUACAGCCGCAUUUCUUCUUGCCUUCACACUUUUGCGUUCCAAGGGCCGUAAAUCUAUGGUCCGAAGGAUCCCUGGACCGCCGAGUCCUUCAUCUCUCUUAGGCCAUGAAUACCUCCUCCGUAACUGUCAGCACGUGGGAGACAUGGAGAUGGAAUGGUAUCAGCAAUACGGCGCUGUAUACCUCACAAAGGGAUGUUUCAGGCACGAUGUUUUGUCCGUUGCUGACCCUAAAGCGUUGCAAUACAUAUUUCAUUCGUCUGGAUACCGAUUCCCAAAAACAAGAGAUAUGAAUCGUAUUAAUGCAGCCAUCGCGGGACCAGGAUUAUUUGUUGUGGAUGGCAUCUGCUACGAAGAGCAGAUCAGCCAGCAAGUUAAGGAUGCCGGAGUAAUAAAUGUCCUUGAAUGGACAGGCAAGGCUGCACUGGAUAUCAUAGGCAUCAUCAACUUGCCAGCGUCCUUCCGAUACGAGUUCAACUCACUCAGCAGUGGACAAACCGAGCUUAUGGCAGCGACUAAUAAUCUUUUUGGUGACUGCAUGAUGUCGCCAACAUCACUGGAGCUUCUGUGUUCUUCGCUCUGGCGCUUACUUCCCGAGCGGCUGGUUGUACCGCUCGAGUGGCUACCCAACAGAAUUACGACACGGCUGAAUUACUUUAGAAAUGUUGUGAAGAGAGUAUCACGGCCCAUCUACGAGAAACAACUGAAAGAGAUGGCGAACGAUGUUAAUCCAGCUGAGAAGGAUGUCGUUAGUCUUCUCGCGAUAUCCCAGCUCAAUAACGAUGCAAAGAAGAAGAUGAGCAACAUAGAAAUCGAUUCCCAGCUGGCGAGUUUCGUGUUCGCUGGCCAUGACACAAUCGCAGGCAGUACGGGCUGGCUUCUCUAUGAGCUAAGUCUCCAUCCUGAGGAUCAAGCUAGGAUACGCGAAGAGAUUUCCCAAACCAAAUCAAAGGCCUCAGGAGCGCUCACCUCAAACGACUACGAUUCGAUGAUCUGGCUGAAUGCUUGUAUUAAAGUGGGUCGGAUAUCACGGGAGUUCCUGGCAGGCUUCCAUCAGUAUGUGGAGAUGACGCCAAUGAGUGGAAUCCCAGUCGAUUUCUUGAUGGGAGAGAUGUUAAGCAAACAUCUAUUGGAGUUUAUGCGAAUAUGUGCUGGUAUUUGUGGAUGCAUUGGGUGGAAAUUUGUUUUUAUGGAACUGCAAUCGUUGAUCACAGAGCUCUUGAGUAAUUUCGAAUUCAGUAUGCCGAAGGGAGUUUCCAAGUUGCAGCAUGGUCCUAUCGGUGUGGGUUUGAUCCCCAUCGUUCCAGGAAAGGCAGAACAAGGAGCGCAAAUCCCGUUGCUUGUAACCACACUUAACAAAUAG